AGAAGUUGAGAACACGAGGAGUCGAGGAGAAGGUAUUCGCAGCCCUCAGCUGCCCUCCAAAUCAAAGUCGUCGCCCCUCAAACAAAAUCUCCUGCAGAAUCGGAGGGGGGAAGGCUGCAAAUUUCGCCUUCUCGCGGCUGAGAUGGGCUGCUGCACUAGCCGGAGUUCCGAUUCGCCGGCCAGCCGCGUUACGCGCUGGCGCUCCACCGGGAUCGUCGCCCUCCGGGACGCCAGAUUGAAGGUAGUACCAAAUGAAGUUCUACAAGUGGGAAAUUCCCUGAGAACUCUGGAUUUGACAAACAACAAGAUAGUUGAGAUUCCCCAGGAAAUUGGCAAAAUUGUGAAUAUGCAAAGACUUGUUUUGGCUGGUAAUUUGAUUGAAAUCAUACCGGCUGAUAUUGGAUACCUGCGGAACCUGAAAAUCCUCACGCUUGACAGAAAUAGGAUCACUAUCUUGCCAGAAGAAUUGGGUUCUCUAUCGAAUCUCCAACAACUAACAAUUUCUCAGAAUUCCUUACUGUGCCUGCCUAAAAGUGUAGGAGAUUUGCGCAAUAUGUUGCUACUCAAUGUAUCUGAUAACAAACUAAAUGCCUUUCCAGAAUCAAUUGGGGGUUGCAACUCCCUGGAAGAAUUGCAGGCAAAUGGAAAUUCAAUCGAAGAUCUGCCUUCAUCAAUUUGCAACCUUGUGUGCCUCAAAUCUAUAUCAUUGAAUAGAAACAAAAUUCGUCAGCUUCCCCAAGGCCUACUGAAAGAUUGCAAGGCUCUUCAGAACAUAUCACUGCACGACAAUCCAAUCUCAAUGGACCAGUUCCAGCAAAUGGAUGGAUUCGAGGAAUUUGAAGCACGCAGAAGGAAGAAAUUUGACAAGCAGAUUGACUCGAAUGUCAUGAUGAGCUCAACAGCCCUGGAUGAAGGCGUUGAUUUGCGCUAGUUUUGCAGGAAAAAAAGCAAGCUAAGUUAUUGUUUUUUCCUAGUUAGUCAGAGGCUCAGAGCCCACUGUAAACUCUGUAUAUAUCAAUCUCUUCACUCUGAAUUGGAAAAAAAAUAUCAAUAAAUGCAAUACACAUAUCAAUCUCUUCACACUCAAAGCUUCGGCAAGUCUACCCUGGGUUAUAUACUCGAUGCUUCGGCAAGUCUAUUCUAGGUCUGGAGUACUCAACUUGUAUCCGGUAUUCCAGCGCCCUGUCAUAAUCCUUAAAAGCUUUGGAGGUAAUCUCCCCGGAAUUAUCCAUUGUGA